GUUUAGACAAAGGGCCAGUCUGUGGGGCAGGUAUAAAAGAAAAGGGUUAAACCAGGCAUGGUACAGUUUGGUGCAAGAGCAAGACCAGCAGCAGCAGUUCCACCAGCAGCAGCAGCAGCACCCGUCCACUGACCAACAAAAUGACUUCCACUGGCAUGAACAUGAUGAGCAGGAUCAUCUUCUACGAGGACAGGAACUUCCAGGGCCGUUCCUAUGAGUGCAUGAGCGACUGCCCCGACAUGUCCUCCUACCUGAGCAGGUGUCAGUCCUGCAGGGUGGAGAGAGGCUGUUUCAUGGUGUACGACCGCACUAACUACAUGGGCAACCAGUACUUCCUGAGGAGGGGCGAGUACACCGACUACAUGAGCAUGAUGGGCAUGAGCGACUGCGUUAGGUCCUGCCGUAUGAUCCCCAUGCACAGGGGAUCCUUCAGGAUGAAGAUCUACGAGAAGGAGAACUUCGGAGGUCAGAUGUCUGAGCUGAUGGACGACUGUGAGAACAUCAUGGACCGUUACCGCAUGUCCAACUGCAUGUCCUGCAACGUGAUGGAGGGCCACUGGCUGAUGUACGAGCAGCCCCAGUACAGAGGCAGGAUGAUGUACAUGAGGCCUGGCGAGUACAGGAACUUCAUGAACAUGGGCCAGAGUGGAGUGAGGUUCAUGAGCAUGAGGCGCAUCACCGACUCCUGCUAUUAGACUCUUUGCACUAAAUAAAACUGUCAUAAACUAAACUGCUGGUGUGUUUAAGUUUAUCCUGAGCACUAAUGGUCUUUCCUCACAUCCACACAGCUCAGAGCUGGUCAAUGUAAAAUUCUAACUCACAGGAGUUUCAGCUGUAGACAAACAGGAGGUCAUUCAGGCUUUUCAAUCAAUAUGCAGCAUAGAAGUCAAUUAAAUAAAUAUUUGCCAAUUUACCUAAACGAAUCUGUAAUGUACGGCAGCUCGAAGUCAUGAAUAAUCAAAAUUAAAAGUUUUUGUUUGUCUU